GCAGGGGCUAGAGACAAUGGCGCGUGCUCUGGGAGAGGCUGGAGGCCCGGACUUCUGGGUCCCCCAGGGAGGAAGGAUGGACAAAGCUGGAGGCUCAGAUUUCUGGUUCUUGGGGAGGACUCCCCGUCUGGGAGCCUGAACGCUGAAGCUAGAAAGCUGGAGGAAGGGAGCUGGAGGGCCCUGCGAGCUAAGCCACGGUCCGCUCCGAGACCGAAAGGGCAGUUAGUUUGAGGGUGAAAUCCCGGGACAGUGGAGGUCACCCUCUUGACCUGACAGUGUUCUGCUGGCGUUCGAUCAUGGACUUUGGCUCUGCUGGGGGGCGGACAGUCCCGGCCCCACCCCUCAGCCUUCUUCCCCAAACUCGCACGCGGCCCCAGGACCGAGAGAGUCUGAGAGAGCCUGGCCCGGGCCGGUUCCUCACCUGGGACAGAGACGCAGAGGCAGCGCUGACCUCAGUCCCUUCCCCGCUCCUCCCCUGCAGACCCCGGCAUGUGGGGAUACUUGUCUCUGCUGCCCAUCUGCCUGGCCUUCGGGGCUAUUGCUGGCAUCUGGACCGUGUUCUCGCUGGCUGUGGUUAACAAGGCCGUGAACCUCACCGAAGGCUUCCCGUACAUCAGUGUGUGUGGAAACGCGCCUCCCCAGAGCUGCAUCUUCAGCCAGGUGCUCAACUUCGGAGCCGCUUCGGCCGCCUGGAUCUGCAUUCUCCGUUACUACCAGCUUCGGGACUGGGGCGUCCGAAAGUGGCCUAACCAGGUGAUCCUGUGGACGGGGCUCCUCUGUGCCUUGGGCACCUCCAUAGUGGGCAAUUUCCAGGAGAAGAAUCAGCGGUCCACACACCUGACAGGCGCCUUCCUGGCCUUCUUCGUGGGAAUCUUAUACUUCUGGCUGCAGCUCUUCCUUUCCUGGCGGAUGAAGAACCUGCCCCAGCCUGGGGCUCCCUGGAUCGGGCCGCUCCGCCUGGUGCUCUGCAGUGCCUGCUUCGUCCUCGAGGUGGCCAUGGUCGUCCUGCACAGCUGGUCGAUGCGCUCCGUCUCGGCCAUCUGCGAGUGGGUCGUCGCCAUGCUGCUGUUCAUCCUCUUCGGCCUCUUCGCCGUGGACUUCUCCCGCCUGGACGGCUGCACCCUGUGCCUCCAGCCAGGCUCUGGCAGCCUCCGCCCCCCGCCGGACUCCCCCACCUCCCUGCACGUGCAGCUGUGAACAGCCGUCCAGCUGUGCACCACCGGUCAGCCAGCGGCGUCCUCACACCUCCUGUCCCUGCCAUCU